CGCAGCAGCACGUGUAGCGGACUAAGCAACAGCCUUGUGGCAGCAGUCCACAGCACUAAGCAGGCGUGUUUCAAACUAAUGAAACAAAGGAGAGGAAAAAAAAAAAAAAAAAGUUCAUCACGUUCAGCUCAACCUCGACGUCGGAUAUGGCACAAGAGUCCGAGGUCGAUCCGCUUACUGCCUCAGGCACACCUACACACGGGCACGUGGACACACUCACACACACACAACAACGACCCCGCUGCGCAACCGUCACACAAGUUAGUUACAACCCAAGCAUGAAACACGCGCGGAUAGAUAAGACGAGACGAUGCACGCACGCGCACGGCACACGCAUUCUUUGCAGCUGCACCCCGCUCGUCGUGGCCGAAGCAGCGACCCAAUCACGGCCGCCAGAGAUGGCAUUACCUGCUACCGUAGCGUAGCAUGGCAUGCAUCCCCAUCGCGCAACCCGCACCCGUUAUUCAUAUCCAGCUGCCUACCUUCCUAGCUGAGCGCUGCCUGCUUCUGCUUCGUCUCCAUCUGUCCCAGCUUUCCGUUGCUUGCAGCCAGCCGGCAGCUAGCCGCUAUCGUGACCUCUCUGGUCUUGUGCUCAACCUCCUGCUUCAGCACGCACGCAUUCAGUCAGUCAUCACCACCACAACCAGCAUGCACCACCCCGCCGACGCAGUCUCCGCCCCCACGCCCACCGGCACCACGGGCACCGGCGCCGCACACCCCUCCCCCUCCCCCUCCCCCUCCAAGCCGCGCAUCCUCAUCAUCGGCGCCGGGUCACGGGGCCACGCCUACGCCGCCGCCAUCACCGCCUCCGGGCACGGCGUCGUCGCCGCCGUCGCCGAGCCCAUCGCCUUCAAGCGGCGCGAGUUCCGCGCGCUGUACAUGCGGGACGACGACGACAGCAGCGCAAGCGGCUCAUUCACCGACUGGCGCGCAUUCGUAGCCUGGGAGCAGACACGGCGCACGCAAGCAGCAGCAGCUCCGACGGGGUUGCCCGCGCCCUUGGGCGUGGACGCGGCGUUCGUGUGCGUGCUGGACGAGCAGCACCGCGAGGUCAUCGAGGGCCUGGCGCCGCUGGGCCUGCACGUCAUGUGCGAGAAGCCGUUGGCGACGACGCUGGCCGACUGCGUGCGCAUCUACGACGCCAUGCGCGCGGGGGGCCCCGAGGAGCAGCGCGUCUUCGGCAUCGGCCAUGUCCUGCGCUACUCGCCGCAUAAUGCGCUGUUGCGCGAGCUGGUGCGCGAGAGGCGCGUCGUCGGCGACGUGCUGAGUGUUGAGCAUACGGAGCCUGUUGGUAAGUCGCGCGUGCUUUGCUUGUGCGCUUGGGUUCUUUUUGGCUUCUUGGAAUGUCCGUCACUGCGGGCCGAGAUUCACUGUAUAGCGAGAUAGGGGACGAUACGUGCUGUCCCUACGGAGUACUCCUUGCGUUGCUCCCAGCCCAAACUUACCCUAACGACCAAAGAAAGACGCCAUGGCAUAAUGCGACGUCUGUCACUGCGAACCACGAUCUACCGUCUAGCGAGACAGGGGAUGAUACAAGCAGUCCCUACAGAGCACUCCCUGCCUAGCCCAUAUCUCGAGUUCCGGAUAUGGAUGAAAAUGUCUUAAAGCAUACAG